CAAGUGUUUACUAAAUAAAAUAUACCCAAUUGGAAUUGGUAGCCUUAUCAGGCAUAACUUCAUUCUUUAAUAAUUACUAAAUAAUUAGAUAAGACUUAUCAGCCAAGUUCAAUAUACACUGAUACAAUUUUAUUACAGUAAUGUUAUUCAUUAUUGCUUGAAUUUAAUACAUGUUAAGAUAUUCACGAAGUAAAAAUGACGGAUUUUGGACCUGAACACCCUAGGAAUUUGAUUCCAGAGCUUUGCAAGCAGUUCUACCACUUAGGAUGGGUAACGGGAACCGGUGGGGGUAUAUCUAUCAAAGAAGGGGAUAAAAUUUAUAUAGCACCCUCAGGUGUCCAAAAGGAAAGAAUGAAACCAGAUGAUUUAUUUGUCCAGACCAUAAAUGAUGAAGACUUGGAACUGCCACCUCCGGAUAAAAAGCUAAAGAAAAGUCAAUGUACACCUUUAUUCAUGCUUGCGUACCGUGAACGCCAUGCAGGAGCAGUCAUACAUACGCACUCCCCACAUGCAGUGAGGUGUACUCUGUUAUAUGGCAAUGAAUUUGUUAUUACACACCAAGAGAUGAUUAAGGGUAUUAAAGAUGCCAAGCUUGGACGAUACCUCCGUUAUGACGAGAAGCUAGUAGUUCCUAUAAUUGAUAAUACACCAUUUGAGAAAGAUCUCGCUGGCAGUUUGGCGGAAGCAUUAAACAAGUAUCCUGGAACGAGUGCUGUACUUGUUAGACGACAUGGUGUGUAUGUGUGGGGAGAUACAUGGCAACAGGCUAAAACUAUGACCGAAUGCUAUGAUUAUCUCUUUGAAAUGGCCGUCGAAAUGAAAAAACUAGGCCUAGACCCGACCUGUCAAAAAUGACAAAAGUUAAAUUAAUUAUUCAAAUAUGUGUACUUGAAUUACCCAUUUGUGUAUAUAAUAAUAAUAUAUCUUAAAAGUGG